AUGGCUCUCUCGGCGGCCCAAACUGCCAUCGUCAAAUCGACGGCACCCAUCCUCAAAGAACAAGGCACGAGAAUCACAACCCUCUUCUACAAGAACAUGAUUUCCGCCCACCCAGAACUACGCAACAUCUUCAACCUGGCCAACCAACACAGCGGCGACCAGCCCCGCGCCCUUGCCAACGCCGUCCUCUCCUACGCCCAGCACAUCGACGACCUCGGUGCCCUCAGCCCCGCCGUCGAGCGCAUCGCCCAGCGCCACGUCAGCCUCCGCGUCCUCCCCGAGCAGUACCCCAUCGUCGGCAAGCACCUCCUGGGCGCCAUCGCCGAGGUGCUCGGCCCGGCCCUGACCCCCGGCAUCGCCGAAGCCUGGACCGCAGCCUACAACCAGCUCGCCAGCGUCUUCAUCCACCGCGAGGCCGAGAUGUACAGCGAGGAAGGCGAGUGGGUAGGUUGGCGGCGGUUCCGGGUCGAGAAGCGCGAGAAGGAGUCCCCCCUCGUCGACAGCUUCUACCUCGUCCCCGAGGACGGCCGGCCGCUCCCCGCGUGCCACCCCGGCCAAUACGUCAGCGUGCGCGUCAAGGUCUCCUCCCUCGACGGCAUCUUCCAGUGCCGCCAGUACAGUCUCAGCGAAGCGCCGAGGGCCGACCGCUACCGCAUCAGCGUGAAGAGGCAGGUCCCCUCGGCGGGAAGGGAGGAUGAUCGGGGUGACCCCCCGGCCGGCUUGGUCUCGAAUCUGCUCCACGACAACUACAAGGCCGGCGACGUCGUCGAGAUGUCGUUCCCGCGCGGUGACUUCACCGUAGACGUUGAAGACCCUGCCAAGGCUGAUGUGCCGCUCGUGCUCAUGUCCGCUGGCGUGGGCGUCACGCCCGAGAUGUCCAUCCUCGACGCCGUGCUGUCACCGGAGUCCAAGGUCACUUCCCGCCCCAUUCACUGGAUCCACGCCGCGCGGAACGGCGAGGAGGUCCCCUUCGGGCAGCAUGUCAGGAAGGUGGCGGGCGAGAAGAGCAACGUCGGCACGGUCCUCUUCCUGGAGAAGGUGAAGCAGGGGGAGGAGAAGGGGCGCGAUUUUGACUUUGAUGGCAUUUUCGACUUGAACCGUCUUGAUCGGGACGAGCAUCUUUCCCUCCAGGAUCCCAGGACGGAUUAUUACGUCUGUGGUCCCCAGUCGUGGAUGCUGGCGGUGAGGGACCGGCUGGAGGAGUUCGGUGUCAAGAGAGGUCGGAUCCAUAUGGAAUUGUUUGGUACCGGCGACGUGAACGAC